AUGAAAGCUACAACCAUUUUCUCAGCAUUGUUGACGUCUGCAUCACUUGUGCUGGCACAAGAAAAUAAGGCACUGGCCUCUACUAUUGACGAAAACUUUCAUGUAGAGAACUCGCUAUGGAAUUUUGAUGAUGCGAGUGAUAGCAACACCACGAUGUGUGGUAGUGAUGGAUUAACUCUGACAAUUGCGGAGAGGGGUGAUGGCACAAACUUGCUGUCCAACUUUUACAUACUCUACGGUAGGAUUGAGGCAAUAAUGAAAGCCGGAAAUGCAAAGUCUAUUUCUUCUGAAAUCUCUUUUCUUGCGUCAGGUACCAGACGUGAUGGCACAGAGGCUGAUUUAUUUACUUUAGGAUGGGAUGAUGGUGAAGGAGAUGAAUUUGAAACCUUUAGUACUUCAGGAGGAUCUGGAAACAGUACCGAUCAGUGGGAAACCCAUGAUGUGAAGUCACCACAAACAGAGUACCAUAAUUACACGAUCGAUUGGACCAAGGACAAACUGACUUUCUACGUUGAUGGGCGAGUAUUAAGAGUAGUUCCAAGUACAGACUCCGCAGAGUUUCCUAACUUUCCCGUAAGAAUUGCCAUUACCCAUUCGGAUGAUGGCAAUCCUGACUAUGGCACAGAGUAUACUGAUAAACAUGGCGGCGAAACUGAUUACUCUAAAGGUCCCUUCAUUAUGAAUAUUAAAAAUCUUAUCGUUGCUGACUAUUCAACAGGAUCAAACUACUCUUAUGUUUCUGGGAACGAGGGGACAUUGCCUCAGGCAAAUGGUGGUGAGAUAUUUGGAAGGUACGAUCAGGCACAGAGGGAUUUAGCAGCGUUGCAUCAGAAUACAUCGUUAUCUAGUUCCGACUCUGUUUCUUCAGCUUCUAGUACUCUUUCUUCCGUAACUACAUCUGCUAACACUUCAACCAUAUCGCAAAGCUUAUCCACCCAUUCUACUGAACUAGGCUCUGGCAAUGGCGCAACUGGGAAAACCACAGCCCAUACUAACGCUACAUCCAUCUCCAGAAAAUCCACCUCAAUAACCUCGGUUGGAUCUUCAAGUUCCUCAAAAAUAUCCUCGUCUAGCCCAUCAUCCUCAGCUUCUGGGGCGGGUAGCGCAACUGGUUUGUCAAAUUGGUUAGUCACCUUUAUCUUCGUCCAUCUCUUUGCGCUAUUAUAA